GGCGGUAGGUACCACUUUUUGGGCUGUUCACUGGCGGGGUCAGUUUCUAGCUUAUAGGCCUUUUCAUCGAACCGUCCCUCCGUCACAGUCAGUGUUUUGCCCUCGAUUAACCUGUAAGCAAUAACGCAUAAUGGCUUCGGUAGUAUGGAGGAGGCCUUGCACAAGGCUGCUGUCAACAGUACAAUACACACUAUCCGCCAGCAGGGUUUAUAGAAGAAGCGCAGUUUACCUUUCGGUCUCGACAAUUCAGCUGUCUGUGAGAUCUUUUUCGGACAAACACGAUUUGGAAAGUCCUAAAAAGCGUUUACACUACGAGAUUCCUCAGCGAGUCCGACAGAAAGUGGUCAGUGCCUCGGAUGCGGUGGCCCUUGUUCGAGAUGGCGAUACAGUUUCCUGCUCCGGAUUCGUAGCGCAAGGCGUUGCGGAAGCUGUCUUGAAAGCUUUGGGUGAACGGUACGACCGUACUGGCCAUCCCAACAACUUGACGCUGCUCUUUGGCGGAGGUCCCGGAGACUGGGACAGCCGCGGGCUGAACCAUCUCGGAAAGUACUCCGAAGACAGCAGCAAGCCACACAUGCUGCGACGCACCAUCGGAUCCCACUAUGGGCAAACGCCCAAGGUAGCCCACAUGGCUCUCCAAAACAUGGUGGAAGCCUGGACUCUCCCAUUGGGCUCGGUGUCUCGUAUGAUACGGGCUCAGGCGACGCACUCACCAGGCCAUAUCACUGAAGUGGGCAUUGGUACUUACAUUGACCCAGAUAUUUCAGGUGGGGCUACCAACGAGACUGCUUUGGAGAGUCCGUUGCACAGCAAACUGGUGCAAAAGCUGGACAUAGAUGGCCGUCCGAAUCUGAUGUACAAGGCCCUACCGAUCCACGUAGCCAUCAUUCGUGGAACGACGGGAGACUGCCGCGGCAAUAUAUCGAUAGAGGAGGAGUCUGUGAUCUGCGACCAGAAGAUCCUGGCGGCCGCCGCGAAGAACUCGGGAGGCAUUGUGAUUGCUCAAGUGAAGCGGUUGGCCGCGGACGGCACCAUUCCUUGCCGAAGUGUCGCAAUCCCUGGGCCGUUAGUUGACGCUGUAGUGGUCGUGGACGAGAAGGACCACGACAGUCUGCAUCCAAUGAGCUAUGUGGAGCGUAACAAUCCAUCGCUGACUGGUCAAAUCAAGACGCCCCAGGACGAAGUCCAGAAGAUGCCGUUGGAUGUUCGAAAGUUGAUUGCUCGUCGGGCGUUCUUCAAGUUGAGUCCCGACCAGAUUGUGAACCUUGGAAUAGGUUUGCCAGAGGGCAUUGCAAGUGUGGCUGCCGAGGAGGACAUGCUCCAGUAUAUAACACUGUCAACGGAGGUGGGCGUCUUUGGCGGUCUGCCGGCUUCUGGGCAUAACUUCGGUCCAGCGUACAAUGCUACGGCGAUGGUGGAAAUGAACCAGAUGUUCGACUUUUACGAUGGAGGCGGGUUGGACAUUUGCUUUCUGGGUGCUGCUCAGAUCGGAAAGAACGGAGAUGUGAAUGUGUCUCGUAUGUCGAAAGACCGACUGACGGGUCCCGGGGGCUUUAUCGACAUUACGCAGUCUACGCGGCGUAUUGGUUUUGUGAUGGCAUUUACUGCGAAAGGGCUGGAGGUGGACAUUCCUGGAGACGGGAAGCUGGGAAUCAAGCAAGAGGGUAGAGUGAAGAAGCUUGUUUCUAGUGUGUUUGAGAAGACGUUUAGUGGAGACGAAGCGGUACGACGGGGUCAAGAAGUCACCUAUAUUACCGAGCGAGCUGUUUUCCGUCGAACUGGGAAGUUUGAUGUGCAAAAUUGAGUUGAUGGAGUUGCCCCUGGUAUUGAUUUGCAGAAGGAUAUAUUGGACCAGAUGGAAUUCAUACCAGCAAUCAGUCCCAAACUAGCUGAAAUGGAUCCACGUAUCUUCAAAGAAGGCAAGAUGAAUGUAGCGACGGAUUUGUUUGGAUCAUGUAUCUUGAUCUGUUUGGAAUCACUUUAAAUACCGAAGGAGAUAUUCAGUGGUUUUUCCAGGUUGUCAAUGACAUGCUAAAAGCCAAGGUUACCGAGAAAGGAAAAGUUGCACUGGUUGUAAACUACAACGGAUUUGAUGUUCG